CGAAGGCAUCAUAAACCCCUCCCUCUGGUAUCCGGGCGGGAACUUCAGACGUGUUUUGAUUAAAAGUAGCACAUCGGCUCUGGUUAGCUUAUUCUACCACAAGGUCCACUUUUAACUGAAUUUUAACUGUUUAUUUAAGUGACUACAGGAGGGCAGUCAUGUCCAGUAACGCCGAGGAGAGGAGCAGCUCUGCAGCCAGGUGCUUCGGACAGUUGACCUACACAGCGGAGGAGCACCAGGCGGUGGACAGAGCUCUGCGACAGAAGCUGGGACCCGAGUAUAUCAGCUCCAGAGUGGCUGCAGGUGGACAGAAGGUUUGCUACAUUGAAGGACAUCGUGUGAUCGGCCUGGCCAAUGAGAUGUUUGGAUACAACGGAUGGUCUCACUCCAUCUCUCAGCAGAAUGUCGACUUCAUAGAUAUCACCAACGGGAAGUUUUACGUCGGAGUCAGUGCUUUUGUCAAGGUGAUGCUGAAGGACGGUGCGUUUCAUGAAGAUGUAGGGUAUGGAGUCAGUGAAGGAAUGAAGUCUAAAGCUCUGUCGCUGGAAAAGGCCAGGAAGGAAGCUGUCACAGAUGGCAUGAAGAGAGCACUGAAAUGCUUUGGCAAUGCUCUUGGAAACUGCCUCCUGAAUAAAGAAUACCUCCUAGCCAUCAACAAGAUCCCCAAAAAGCCUCCUCUUCCUCUAGACCCGGCCAAGACCAAGCGCAUUGAGGGUGAGCCCUCUGUGGAGAGAGCCCGUGUGUCCAGUCUGGUCUGGGAGCAAAAGCUUGCAUCUGCGAGGAGCAACAGCAGAGCGGUGCUGGAGCCCAAAGUCCUCAACCAGAACCAGGACUUCUCAGAGGUUCAUACCCCGACUGCUGCCACUGCCCCUGCUGACAGGAGGAGUGAGAGCAUGGACGGCAGGCCUUUCACGGACUUGCUGGACGGUGGCGGGUCGGAAACGCACACAGACCCCAAACAGCAGAGAAAGCUCCGACAGCAGCAGCUUCAAGAGAAGUUCAGGAGAGACAUGGAGAAGAAGCUGCCGCCGAAACCGGAUCAAGCUAAGACUGAGAACUCAGAGGUCGCUAUUGGACGAGGACCCAGAAGAGGUCACCAUGGUGUUCCAGCCUUCAGUGAAGCCUCAUCAGGACACAUGAAGCCCGGCAGAGUGGAGGAGCAUUUAGCAGAUGAUCCUGCGCUCUGGGAUUUCACUCUAGAUGCGAUCGAUGGACCGGAUGUCCCUGCAGGCGCCCGUCCUCCAACAGGUUUUCGGCCCAGCACGCCCUCGAGUCACCAGAUGCACACACGCAGUAAGACCCCUCAGAGGGCCCCAGAAAAGGCCCCUUCAUACAGCGGUGGACAGGAACCAGCUCAGUACAGACCUCAACAUCAGGGCCAGUAUCUGGCAGGGCCAGGUGAAGCCUUCAGUCCAUGCAGAUACGGACAGUCCAUGAAGAAACGCCGACUGGACACUUGACCUUUUCUGAUGCUGUUCCACAUCUUAAUCACAACAUUUAAAACAGAUUUUACGUGUUCUAAUAUUUAUUUCAGUGUUAUCAUGGAAUUUUAAUGUUGCUGCUAUUUCUGAUAUUUGGAGAAAUGUUAUCUGGUUUUGUAAGACAAUAAAAACAUAACCACAGAA